GUAACAGAAGAAGAAGGAGACUGAAUUUUACCCUCAUCCCAUUGGUUUGUUAUCUGACAGCUAUGAAAACAACUCUAAAACAUAAUAAAAUUUAGAUUUAGUCGACAUACAAAUAGCUUACAAUGUCCACUCGGGCUUUGAGAAGGCUCAAAGGGAAACAGCGGGGUCAGGAGGCCUUGGACGUCGGGGUCCUAAGUUUGGGAGACAGCCCGGAGGAGCAGGCUGAAGCUGAGGUUGAGGAGGAGCAGCUGGACACAGCUAAUGUUGCUAAGGUUUCUCCUCCUUCCAGCAGCCGAAAGGCAAAGAAAAAUAAGGCCCAGAAGAACUUCAGUAACAUUUAUGAACUGAUAUGUGAUGCAGAAAAUGAGGCAGAGAGAGUUUCACCCGAUGAAGAUCCAGAGAGUAAUAAAGGGGGUGUGCCCAGAAAGAAUGAUAACAAAGAUGUUGAGAACCAAGAUCAAAAGUAUGAGGAGGAGUCCACAAAGUCUGGAGACAGACUUAAAAAGAAGAAAAAAAAGAAGAAAACAAAAAUGACAUCAGAGGAUGGACAAGUAAAUGGCACUGCGACAGAAAAUAUUGAUUUACUUCUGGAGAACCUGGAGCAGUCCAACAGCAUGAGUCUACAAAGUGAGGACUGCGGAGGCUCGAUCAGAAGAUCUGUCUUGCAUGUGGAGCACAGGAAUCUCAACCCAGAGACCGAGCUGAAGAGAUACUUUGGAGCUCGAGCUGUUCUUGGUGAUCAGAGACCUCGACAAAGAAACCGGCACUUUCACCGCAGCACUUGGAUGACCAGUCCAAAGGACAGUUGGCCUCGCUUCAGCCGGCCAGGAAUCUCCAUGACCUUGCUGGACUCAAAGAAUGGCAUUCAUUGCUUUACGUUUGAGCACAACCGGGACUACCAACAAGUGCAGUUCAAGUUCUUAGAAGCUGUGGAGUCCAUGGAUCCCAACAACAUCGUGGCUCUGCUUCAGCUUAACCCUUACCACAUCGAUUCCCUGCUGCAGCUUUCUGACGUCUGCAGGAUACAAGAGGAUCAAGAAAUGGCGCGGGACCUCAUCGAACGGGCUUUGUACAGCUUCGAGUGUGCUUUUCAUCCUCUAUUCAGCCUGACAUCCGGUACCAGUCGGCUGGAUUAUUUGAGACCAGAAAACAGAGCAUUUUAUCUGGCUCUUUAUAAGCACAUGAUGUUCCUGGAGAAGAGAGGAUGCCCACGGACCGCUUUGGAGUACUGCAAACUGAUCCUUUGCUUAGACCCAGACGCUGACCCGCUUUGCAUGCUGCUGCUCAUUGAUUUCCUCAUGCUUCGUUCCAGAGAGUACAAGUCUCUCCUUCAGCUGUAUCAGGACUGGGAGGAGCACAGAAAUCUGUCUCAGCUGCCAAACUUUGCAUUCUCCUGUGCACUUUGCCAUUUCCACCUGAGUCAGCAAGAAGACCUGGAUCCUGAAGAAAGUGACAAACAAAGACGACAUGCCGACCAGAUGCUCCAGAGCGCUCUCAUAAUGUUCCCUGGAGUCUUGAUGCCUUUGCUGGAUCUGUGCACUGUGCAGCCUGAUAGCGCAGUCUCCUCUCAUAGCUUCUUUGGCCCAAAGAGUCAGAUAGGACAGCCACCAGCUUUGGCUGAGCUCACAGCUCUGUAUGUGGGGAGAACAUACAGUCUGUGGAAGGAGGCAGUGGUAAUGCUCUGGCUAGAGGAGUCUGUGAAGGAGGUGCUGCGUCGAGUUGAUGCCAAAGAUGCUCUCGUGGAAGACUGCCAGAACAAGAGAAAGCAGAGGUACCAGAGUGCACCAAGAAACAUUCAUCGCCAUGUGCUCCUCUCGGAGAUUAAAGAAGCCUCCUCGACUCUGCCCCUUGAGGUCACUACGCAACCUGUAAUGGGUUUUGACCCUCUGCCUCCGCUGGACUCAGUGAUUUCAUACAUCAGACCGGAGAGACAACAGGUUGGUGCAUCCAAUGAGAGCACACUGUCACUGUUUUUCCGAUCUUUGCUCCCAAACUUCAACAUCCAGGGAGGACUGAGACAAGAGGAUGACAUGGAGGUGGCUCGAGCAGGCCAGGAGCUAAACCAAGAGGUGAACCGUCUGAUGGUGGCCAUGAGGGACAUGCUGGCAAACAUCCGCUUUCAAGAGCCACCCAGAGAAGACAACCCCUACAGGGAUGAGGAUGAAUGGGACUGAGAGAGCAGUGGUCGAACAAGUGUUGGAUGCAAAGAGUUGAAAUAAAAAAGAAAACAUGUUCCUGUGGUCAUGAA